CUCUUCAUGUGGAACUUUGGUGUCGUGGGAAUGGUUUGCAUUCACUGGAAGGGACCGCUUCUCCUCCAACAGACAUAUCUCAUCCUAAUAUCAGCCCUAAUGGCACUCGUGUUCAUUAAAUUCCUUCCCGAUUGGACCACUUGGGUAGUGCUCGGAGUGAUCUCUGUCUGGGAUCUCGUGGCUGUUCUCUGUCCUAACGGUCCGCUAAGAAUAUUGGUAGAGACGGCACAGGAAAGGAAUGAAACCAUAUUCCCGGCCCUUAUCUACUCAUCAGCGGUGGCCUACUAUGUGGGCGCAGCCGUUGACGACAACGCCGAUGACACCAAUCAUCAAAGAGGGGAUAACUCGCCGACACAACCGUUGCCCGAAGUAAGGUUUACUGACCCGAGAGGACCCAUUGCUAUUGGAAACGAGUCGUCGACACAGAUAUUAAAUUCAGAAGCCAUGGAAGACGAGAGAGGAGUGAAACUGGGUUUAGGAGACUUCAUAUUCUACAGUGUUUUGGUGGGAAAGGCCUCCUCUUAUGGCGACUGGAAUACAACUUUGGCCUGUUUUGUGGCCAUUCUUAUCGGCUUAUGUCUAACACUCCUAUUAUUGGCUAUAUUUCGCAAAGCAUUGCCAGCCCUUCCCAUCUCUAUAGCCUUUGGUCUGACCUUUUAUUUCGCGACUUCCACUUUAGUGCAACCCUUUGCCGACCGACUCUCCAGUCAACUCGUCUAUAUCUAA